ACAUGGGAUUUAUCCAAGUAUUUCUGCUGACCACGUGUCUUUCAAAAGUUUAUGUGGUACAUUGUGUAGAAGUUGAUGACAUCAUUGCUGACGCAAUUCAAGACACAUACUUAAAACCUCAACGUGAUUUCGGAGUAGGCAAUGACACUAUUCCCGAGACUGGCAACAGCUUUGCUUUUCUUCAGAAACAAAAGAAUGAUGAGGACACGAUAGCGAGAGCGGGGUUUAAAUAUUUAAGUUUUAUCAAAAAUCUUAUUCAAAGAUCUGGGAAAUCUUUUGGAGAUCUAGAGAGCAGCGAUGAAUAUCAGAGAUCUUUCGGGACUCAACUGUGUGAUACAAUCACCCCCUCUUGUAAAAAAUAUAAGUAUUCAAGUUAUCGAAGUGCUGACGGCUUGUGCAACAAUCUUCGAAAUCCAACAUGGGGUGUGGCACUACAGGCGCAUGCGCGAUAUUUACAUCCUGUUUAUGAUGAUGGGUAUAACAGUCCGCGUCAAAGAGGUCGAAAUGGAGGCGUACUUCCAAGUCCACGAGAGAUCAGCAACAAAGUAUUGGCGGGAGGUGUGACGACACCACCAGACGACAAGCGGAAUUUGAUGUUGUUCACCUUCGGCCAAUUUGUAGACCACGACUUGACCUUUACUCCUAUUGUUGUUGGUAGAAAUGGAAAUACCCUUGACUGUUGUGGAGUAGAUGCCUCGGAUCCCGAGUGUUAUGCUAUAGAAAUCCCAACAAACGAUGUUCGAUUUCCAGGAAGAACAUGUAUGGAUUUUUCUCGAUCAAUACCAACUCCAACUGACGAAGGCUGCAGUAUAGGUCCAAGACAACAAGUGAACCGAUUAUCUUCCUUCAUUGAUGCAGGAAUGUUAUACGGAGACUCUAAACGUUUUAAUGAGAAUCUUAAUGGACGUGUUGGAACUUUGAGAACGUCAUCAGGUGACAUACUUCCUCCCGGAGGAAUUUGUCAUACAUCUCAAGCAGAAGAUUUCUGCCAACUGGCUGGCGACGAAAGAUCGAAUGAAUUUCCUUCUUUGGGUGGUCUUCAUGUUGUAUUUCUUCGUCUUCACAAUAUGAUUGCAAAGGAAAUUCGACAAGUUACUGGACUAUCUAGCCAAGAUGUGUUCUUGGAAACGAAGAAGAUUAUGGGCGCCAUCAUGCAACAAGUGGCGUAUGGGGAAUACCUUCCCGCCAUUUUAGGGAAAGACACUCGUAAGAAAUUCUGUCUGAACCUUCGAAGGAAUGGAUAUUGGAACAAAUAUAACCCAAAUGUGAACCCCACUGUUAAGAACGUCAUUGCCACUGCAGCACUUCGAUAUGGACACUCACAGAUUCCACCAGAGCUAGGUUAUAUGACGAGAAUGUUUGCAAUAUCUAGAGUAUUUAAAUCGGAAGAUGUCUUCAUGGACCCCAAUAUUGUUGUUACACAACAAGGACAAAACAUUCCAGAUUUAGCGCGGUUUUUAUUGGGCACCCCUGCAAGAAAAGUUGAUAGACAAAUUGAAAAUGCUGCUAGAAAUGAAUUAUUUCCUGAUGUUAAUGGAGUAACCUUUGACCUAAUGUCGUUCAACAUUCAAAGAGGGCGGGACCACGGCUUGCCUGCUUACAACGAGUGGAGGAAGUUGUGUAAACUUCCGGUAGCAACAACUUUUUCUGAAUUACAAGAUCAUAACUCCGACACAAUUGCAAGAUUGCAAGAUGUGUAUGACCACGUUGAUGAUAUUGAUGUCUUUGCUGGAGGUAUUUCAGAAACACCUCGCGCAGACGCAGUAGUAGGUCCGCUUUUUGAAUGUUUAUUAGGAUGGCAGUUCAAGGAACUAAGGUUUGGGGACAGAUAUUGGUACGAAACGAAAGGGAUAGAGGGAUUCUCAAGAGGUCAGUUGAGAGAAAUAAGAAAGAUGACGUUUUCUAAGAUCCUUUGUGAGACACUGAAUCUGGAUGAAAUUCAGAAAGAAGUGUUCAACCUAGUAGGAUCAAAAAAUCCCCGAGUAAAGUGUUCUUCUUUACCUUUUAUGGAUCUUUCAGAGUGGAAGAAAUCUUUUUUCCCCUUCGUUGACUGGUCAAGAUUCUUUACUUCAGGAUAAUUUUAAAAUGAAUAUAACCGUGUGGUGUGACGAGAGCUAAGCUUUGACUCCCAAGAGGAGAAUAAAAGUAUCCGUUGUGUGUAGUACAUAUACAUGGAAAUUUGUAUUUAUAUUUUCAUACAGUCAUACAAUCUUACCUAAUAUCCUUGUUACAGUGUAGUUAGUUCACUUAAUAUUUACCUGAUGUAUAUAUUUGCAAAUUGUUUUUAUUUUGUUAUACAGUUAGAUGAAAUGAGUAUAUUCUUUUUACGUUGACAACUUAUUUGUCUGCUGAAUUAAGAAGCGUUUUCAUAGAGAUAUCAUAUGGAUGUCGUGAGCAAAAUAAAUAAAACGGAAAACUUAAAAUCUUUAAAUAUUUUCAGGAAAUAUGUAUACUUAAUUUCAAAUCACUCAGAUAACUUU